AUGCCAGGAGAAAUUCCUACCGUUUUCAACCAUCUAGGUGCACACAAGAUGAUUGUUGAUGUACCAGCGCUGCAUAAAUUUCCUCGCCGUCAUCUGCAUUAUUCCUCGGAAUGCUCUUCUUCCAUCAAGAACAGUUGGACUCAUCUCAAGAACAGAGCUGUGAUCGAGGUGGCUGGAGAAGAUUGUGUUGCAUUCUUGCAGGGGUUAACCACCAACGACAUGAAGCAGUUGAAUUCCAAGAAGUCCAUGCUGACUGCCUUCUUGAACGCACAGGGGAGAGUUAUGCACGAUGCCUUGUUGGUGUACUCAGAGUCUACAAAUUCGGUCUUUAUUGAUGUGGCAAGGGACCAAAAAGAAGAUUUCCUCAAGUUUUUGAAACGUUACAAGCUGCGAGCAAAGGUGGUGCUGACCGAUCACUCGGAACGCCUCGCAGUAUACGCGGCUGUGGGUUCAGAGGCGAGUCUUGACAGGUUCACAUCAAAAUCUAGCCCCCAAGACUGUAUGUUGUUUCAGGACCCGCGCCUACGUGAGCUUGGGGUCCGAUUGAUCUCUGAAGAAGGGAAACAUACACUGUUCACCUCGGCAGCCGGCUUCAGUGAAAUCUCGGAGACGCUCUACGACAUAUAUCGAAUCUCCCUUGGCGUUGCACAAGGUCCAAAGGAGUUGCUUCAGGGCACAUGCUUGCCACUUGAAGGAAACAUCGAACUGUUUGGAGGAGUUUCGUUCAACAAGGGGUGUUAUGUUGGACAAGAGCUCACAGCACGAAGCCACUUCAGAGGGCAGAUACGCAAGCGCUUGAUCCCAUUUGUCAUCACUGAGAAUGGAUUUGAAAUCAAUGAUGCAAGCACAGUAGACAUUUUGGAAACGGCCAUGAAGUUUGACAAAGAAGCAGUGACAUCUGGUGAAAGCGUCGAGAUCGAGGGCAAAGGUUCAAUCGGGAAAGUCAUCGCAAUGGAGAAGGGGAUUGGUUUGGCGAUGAUUCGACUGCAAAAUGCUAUGGCAAACUUCGACCAGUUAGGGAAGAUUCGAGUGGGAAACUACCAUGGAUCACUGAUCCUGCCAGGAUGGUGGGAUGGUAUUGCUGAGCAAGAAAGUGCACGACAAAUGCAGGAAUCAAGCGCAUAA